UUAUCCCCUCCCCCUGUCCCAUCCCAAACUUUCAAACAAAGCCCUCAAACUUUCUCAAAUUUAAAAUCUGACCCCUUAAAAGCAUUUUCUAAAUAUCCAUUUUUGAAACUUUCUCGUUUGUCAAAAGAACAGAUUUUCCGAGAAAAGAAAGGGUGAGAUGACAAUGGACAGAGAGAAAGCGAGAGAGAUAGAGCUCGAAAGCGCCAUGUACACGAAUUGCUUGCUUUUAGGCUUGGAUCCGUCGAUAGUCGAUAUCGGAUCAUCCAAUGGAACCCCUCGGGUCGGACAUUUCCGGCACUCCAACCCUAAACUGGGCGAACAGCUUCUUUACUUCAUCCUCUUUUCGCUUCGUGGACCCACUCAAUCCGCCAGGGAUUUCGAUAAGGUUUGGCCGAUUUUCGACUCAGCGCAAUCUCGUGAUUUUCGGAAGGUUGUGCAAGGAAUAAUCGGUGAGCUGGAAACACAAGGAGCUCUACCAAGGAGUAAUUCGAGGGUUUCUUCGCUUGCUACUUGUUGUGGACCAAGAUUUGUUGAACUUUUGUGGCAACUUUCAUUGCAUGCUUUGAGAGAGGUUCAUAGACGGACUUUUGCAUCAGAUGUUGCUUCUAACCCAUUGCCUGCACCAUUGACUGAUGUUGCAUUUUCUCACGCUGCUACACUACUUCCUGUAACAAAGGCUCGAAUUGCACUUGAAAGGAGGAGAUUUCUGGAAAAUGCAGAAACAGCUGUGCAGAGACAGGCUAUGUGGUCAAAUUUGGCUCAUGAAAUGACUGCAGAAUUCCGUGGUCUUUGUGCUGAGGAGGCGUAUUUGCAGCAAGAGCUGGAAAAACUGCAUGACUUGAGAAACAAGGUAAAGUUGGAAGGAGAGCUAUGGGAUGAUCUUGUCUCCACUUCAAGUCAGAAUUCUCAUUUGGUUUCGAAGGCCACUCGCUUGUGGGACUCUAUAUUGUCUCGUAAAAGUCAGCAUGAAAUUCUUGCUUCAGGCCCUAUUGAGGAUUUGAUUGCUCAUCGGGAGCAUAGGUAUCGCAUCUCUGGAUCAUCUUUGCUUGCAGCUAUGGAUCAGAGUUCUCAAGUUCCUCAUACGGACACCUUAUCUGUCCAGUCUGGUGAUUUGCAUAACAGUGAACAGAAUGAUGGAUGCCACACGCAAAUCAAUGAAGAGAUACUUUCUCGAGUAGAUAGAAGUGGAAGAGUCCACCAGACUGUUGAUCUAGCAGAAAUUAUCAGACGUUGGACACAUGCAUUACAACGUAUUCAUAAACAGUCACUUCAGCUGGCAAAAGCUAAUGAUGGGGAGGGUCCUGAUAUUUUACGAAGUGCACAUGAUGGUAGGAUGGGCGGCCAUGCUGAGUCAUUAGCUGCAACUCUUACUGAGCAUCAGCAACACCUAGCUAGCUUUCAGGUGCUUAUUAACCAACUAGAGAAAGUUGCUCCAUCAAUCCAGAAGUCAAUAUCAGAGUGCAUGGUGAAAGUAAAUAGCAUUUCCUCCAUCUUACCUGCAAUGGCCAAACAUCGUGGUCAAACCACUUCACCUAUUCAAGCUCAGAGCAGUAGAAGGACCUUGGAAAGUAGUUCUGAUGAUGUUGGUGACAUUACUUCAAAAAUGUCUGCUGUUCAGCUUGAGAAGAAUUCAGCCAGCCCUCCUGCUUUAAAGCUUCCACAUUUAUUUAGUUUAACUCCAAAUUCAUCUGGAAAGGGUGGAAGCAUUCAAAAGCGACACACCUUACCCCCUCAGACCAACCAGGUUGACACUUUGUCUGAAAAUAGCUCUAUGGAACAGCCUCUAUCAAACGAUCGCCUGGAUAACUCGUCGCGAGAUAGUGAUAUUUCUUAUGUUGAGAACAUAAAGAGAUCUGUUAGGCAAGCUGCAUUGUCACUGCCGUCCUGCAAUUCAGAGUUAUCACGUGACAGGCAAUCUGAUGAAAGUUCUGAGCAUUUCUUUGUACCUAUUUCAUCAACUAAUCAUUCUCAUGUCGGACCAGAAACUAAAUUGGGCUCAAUAAGUACUAAGAGACUAUUUUCAACUCGAACAGAAAAUUCCUUGCUUGACAGCCAUGCCAAUGGUGGUCGUAUUGGGAAUAACUAUGACAACUUAUCAAACAUGUUGAACAAUCUGGAUUCUCCUACUAAUCAUGAUCAAUUAAAUGGAUUUCACUCAGCCACUGCUUCUAGUUGUGCAGCAUCUUAUUGGCAAAGGUCGCUUUUUAAUUUGGAAGAUGCGCAGGAUCAGGUCUUCUCUCCUCCUCUGCUGAUGGACACAUCCCUGUUAGUCGAUUCUUACGAGGACUUGCUCGCGCCACUUUCAGAAACAGAAACAGCCUUGAUGGAACAUUGAGGUGGAGCUUAGACGAUUCCGUUCGGAUGAUUUUGCUUUUGAUUGUUGCUUGGGUUGUGCAGCACUCUCCCAUUGAUAGGCUGCUUGACAUGAUACCUGUAUGUACUUUUCGGGACAGAUCGACAUGAGAGAAGCUAACUCCACUGAAAUCUUGAAGACUGUGGUAUUACUUUGUAAGGUAACACAAGCUCGAAAAAAGAAGUUUCUGUUUUGCCUAAAGUGAAAUCAUUAUGUUAAUAUCUUCUUUAAUUU